GAUAUCACAGACAUGGAAACAACAUUUUUUUUAAAUUCUGUUCCAUGUAUUUCACUGCUGGAGCUGAGAACAAUGUAGCUUCCUGACUCGCCCUGCAUCCUCACCCUACCUUCCAACCUCCAUCUCUCUCCCUGAUUCCGUCUCUCCUUUCAUAAAACAAAACCAUAGAUUGUCAACUACCGCAUGUGUGUCAUGGAUCAAGAAUGAGAAACAUGGAGUCAAUUUACAUUUUUCUCGUCCUCCAUGCUUCGGUUUUGUAUUUUAUUUUUUUCCCCUGCAGACAGGAAAUUCGAGACAUAUACAGGAUGCUACCCUCCACAGCAUAACCUUCACUCCAGAUCAAAAAUCCAAACUUUCAACAUAAUUUUGGACUAAAGGACCUGGAAGGAUUAAUGCUACUAUCCAACCUGGAACUGAGACAGACCAGAUAAAACUUCAAUUAGCACUGACGUGUGAGGUGUCAAAGCCUUUGAGCCCAACAAAUGGCAGGCUACCCCACCCAAAUCCAGAGGCCUUGAAGCCCCCUCCUGCUGUUCAGAGACCAUCUACUGGCAUUUUCUACAAUAGAUCUGCCUCCAGAAAAAAAGCUUCUUCCAAGUGGGUGUGACACCUACUUCCAUUGCCUGCUGCACUGCUGCUUGGAUUCCACCUGGCGAUCUGUUUACCGUCUGUCCUGGUUGUCUCCCCCUGGUACAGGUAACACCCCCCCGAGCUUUCGCUCGCCUCCAGCUCACAGGCACUGUUGGGGCGAGUGACUCUGACCUUAUAAUGGCUAGUCCCAAGUCGUUAUUUUUUUGCUUGUGCAUCUUUGCUUUUUGUCUCAUGAUUCCUUCAUGCUUUGUUCACUGAACUUUCUUGUUUACCCAACCGUGGGACAGACUGUUUGUUUCCACACUUGGGACUCUGACUCUCUAUUGGUUACACGGACUCUUGGCCUCCCAUCCUAUUCUAACCACCUCUCUCCGGCUUUGUAUUCAUGUUACUGGAUGAAAUUGCUGUGUAAUAUGAUCUUGUUGCCAUCUGAUGCACAUUCAAAUGUAAUAAAUCAACACUGCAGAGCUCUCCCUGUCCUCUACCGUGCCUUGAUUGUAUUACUGCUGAUGAUAUCUGGAAAUGUGCAUGUACACCCUAUCUACUGUUGCUAGCCCCAAUUCUUGUGCUCUGAUAUCUGUUUCACUGAUUUCUACUCUUUUAAAAGCCUGGGUAUUCUGCACAUUAACACUAGAAGCUUAUUACCUAAAAUCGAUCAAUUGAAAGUGUGGGUUCAGAGUUCCAAUCCAGGUGUUGAUCAUUACUGAGACGUGUUUAAGAAAGUGUUUUGAAUACUGAUGUUAACCCUUUCUGGAUAUAACCUUUUUUGGCAAGACAGAUCUUCCAAAGUUGGAGUGGCAAUCUUUACCAAGAAUCACCUUCAGUGCUCAGUUUCCACCAAGUCUGUCCCCAAACAAUUUGAUUUGCUUAUUUUAAGCAUUAAACUUUCAAAUAGCUCUUUGACUGUUGCUGGGUGUUAUCAUCAACACCGGCCUGUACCCUACCUGCCCUAAGUUCUCUCCUGGUCCCUUACACUAAGUCUGAAUUCGUCCUGCCAGGUGGCCUAAACUGGGACAUGCUUAAACCACCUGACCAAGUCCUAAAGCAAUGGGACUCCCUAAAUCUUUCUCAGAUUAUUACCAAUCCCACAAGGUAUGACUCCAAACACCCAGAAGAGGCUACUCUCCUUGACGUUAUCCUCACAAAUAAUCCCAAUAGGUAUCAGUCUGGUGUUUUCUGUAAUGACCUUAGUGAUCACUGUUUUACAGCCUGUGUUCCUAAUGCCUGCUCAGUGAAACGACGUGUCCUGAUUUGUCAUAGACACUUGCUAAAAAAUGUUAAUGAGCAAACCUUCAUGACCUGGCCUUUUUUAAAAUUGGUAUAGAAUUAGCUUGAUCCCCUCUGAAGAUGCUUAGUCCUUUUAUUUUUGGAUAAUUUUAGUGAUAUUGUUAACAAACACGGCCCCAUAAAGAGAAAUUAGCAUUUAAAACAGUUUAAGCCCUUGGUUCGACCGUUAUCUUGCAGAGUUACUCCACCUCAAUAAUUGCAUUUGGCAAAAGGCUCUGCACACGUAUACUCAAGCUGAUUGGCUCUUGUUCAGGCAAAUGAGAAAUAAGUGCACUUAGGCUAUCCGAAAGGCCAAAGUUACUUUAAGGAGCAGUUCACGCUGUGGGUCUAACUCCAAAAAGUUCUGGGAAAAUGGAUUCUAACUGUUAUAGGCCUAUUUCUAUUUUGCCCUGUUCAUCAAAGGUGUUGGAAAAACUUGUCAAUAAUCGACUGGCUUCCUUGAUGUCUAUAUUAUUCUCUCUGGUUCGGCUCAGGUUAUGGAUGUGUCCCUUUCAACCUUAAAGGGCCUCAAUGAUGUCACCAUUUCCCUUGAUUCUAAGCAAUGUCGUGCUGCUAUUUGUAUUGACUUGGCCAAAGCUUUUGAUACGGUAGACCAUUCCAUUCUUGUGGGCCGGGUAAGGAGUAUUGGUGUCUCUGAGGGGUCUUUGCUCUGGUUUUCUAACUACCUCUGAGUGCAGUGUAUAAAGAGAGAACAUCUGCUGUCUCAGCCACUGCCUGUCACCAAGGGUGUACUCCAAGGGUUGAUCCUAGGCCCCACGCUCUUCUCAAUUUACAUCAACAACAUAGCUCUGGCAGUAGGAAGCUCUCUCAUCCAUUUAUUUGCAGAUGAUAGUCUUAUACUCAGCUGGCCCCUCCCUGGAUUUUGUGUUAAACGCUCUACAACAUUUAUUUCUUAGUGUCCAACAAAAUUUCUCUCCCCUUAACCUCGUUCUCAACACCUCCAAAACAAAGGUCAUGUGGUUUGUUAAGAUGAAUGCCCCUCUCCCCACAGGUGUGAUAACUACCUCUUGAGUCACCUCAUACAAGUACUUGGGAGUAUGGCUAGGCGGUACACUGUCCUUCUCUCAGCACAUGCCAAAGCUGCAGGCGAAAGUUAAAUCUAGACUUGGUUUCGUUUAUCGUAAUCGUUCCUCUUUCACCCCACCUGCCAAACUAACUCUGAUUCAGAUGACCAUCUCAUCCAUGCUAGAUUACGGGGACGUAAUUUAUAGAUAGGCAGGUAAGGGUGCUCUCUAGCGGCUAGAUGUUCUUUACCAUUCGGCCAUCAUAUUUUGCACCAAUGCUCCUUCUAGGACACAUCACUGCACUCCUAUACUCUUCUGGUCAUCUCUGUACACCUGUCGCAAGAGCCACUGGUUGAUUAUUUUAUAAAACCGUCUUAGGCCUCAUAUCUACUGCAGCCCUCAUCCUCCACAUGCAACACCUGUUCUGCCAGUCACAUUCUGUUAAAUGUCCCCGAAGCACAGACAUCCCUGGGUCACUCAUCAUUUCACUUCUCUGCAGCUUGCCACUUGUGCUGUUUGUACCAUGUGUUGUGCUGCUACCAUGCUAUGUUGUCUUAGGUCUCUCUUUAUGUUAUCUCUUGUUGUGAUGUGGAGGCCUUUUGGUAGGCUGUCAUUGUAAAUAAGAACUUGUUCCUAACCGACUUGCCUAGUUAAAGAUAUUCCAUUCCAGCCGUUACAAUGAGCUCGUCCUCCUAUAGCUCUUCCCACCAGCCUCCACUACUUGUUGGCAACCAACUUUAAGGUGCAUUACUGCAACUGACUGGAGUCUGAACCUCUCACCUUUCAAUUACCCACAUGGGUAUAUUCUCCUAAAAACCAAUGAUGAGAUAGUGAGGCAGGACUUGCAGCGUGUCAAGUGUCUAAAAAUAGAACAAAAUACAGCCCAAGUUAUAUUUUAGUGGCUGGAUAUAGACGCUCGCUUGAAAUGAUUGAAUAACAUUUAUGUGUACAUUUAUUUUGCAGCGCACGCAAUGCGUCCGGUGUGGUCAGCAUGUAACUAGUGCCUAUUGAAGAAUAUUUUUUCCUGGGGGACUUUUGUUUAGAAUUUCCCCGAUGCUCAUUCUGAACGUGAACACGCAUCACUUGCGGCUUCUUCCUAGGCUCCUAAGAAGAGUUGUUGGAGCAGGUUGUAAGAAGACCACCCACGGAACUGAACACUUGUUGGUACGGUGUAUGUUCACAAACCCGCCAAUCCGGAGUACUGCUUAGGGAAGCAUAGGAGGAGCAGCAAGGCCUCAUCCCUGAGAAUCUACGUUCUCCACCAUCUGAGAGACUGGUGUGACUCAUCUAGAGAGUCCAUCGACUGGGGAGCUCCAUGGUACAGGUCCCCUGAAGGGCUGGGACCAGCUCUGAGGGCCAGAGGCAGCCGUGGCGAGAUGGGGUAGGGGCUGAGGACAGAGCCAUGGUUCAUGACGGCUCAGCCCCCCACACGCCGCCAGCACAGGUGGGCACCAAUGGCCGCUCUUCUGAGAGGAAGAGGACACCGAAGGCAUGUGACUGCUGUGGGCCCAACUCUAAGCUCCAUGAUGGGAAGGCCCCACAUGGGAAGAAUCCGGGUGGCAAGUCCCGACAACGCAGGGCCCAGCCAGGGAAGGGCAAGGGCCAGGCAAUGGGGGAGACCCCUAAGAGAAAGGUUGGUCGCCCAUCUUAUAAGAAGACCCUGAUGACAGAGGAACAGGUAACAGCCAUCCGAGAGGAGCUGGAGAAAGACUCUGCUGUGGAGCAGGUAACAAACCCUUUGGCUUCACCUGUAACCAACUCUGUUGGUCAAACCUUAUUUGACUCUAUGGGUCAGAAGUUAACGUACACUAUGGUUAAACUGGUGAAUAAGUCUGUGGUUCAACCGGUAACGACAUCAGUGGUUGAGCAUUUUGCUGAUUCAAUAAUAGAGCAGGAGAGAGCCUGUGAAGGGGCUGUGGGUGAGGGGGAAAAGGCCCCUGGUUCAGUCAAACAGCCGGUUAUAGACCCUAAGAUGGAGGUCAUAAAGCAGCCCCCGCCCCAGGCUGGUGACCCAGCUGUCUUCCUUUCCAACAGUACAUCAGCUGUCCCCAAAGAGGAACCAACACACUGUAGCGCCCCUAUGGAGGUGGAACCAUCAGCCAUAGCCAGUGUUUCCCCAGGCAUUAUUCUGUGCAGCACCCUACACACAUUUGCUCUGUGGGACCACCGACAUUACUGCAAGAUAGGAGUGUGGGCUCAAAGACCUGAGCAGGGAAGUGCCACAGACCUAGCACAGCAGUCCCACCCAUCACCACAACAACCCAAACCAGAAGAGGGCAUCCAUGAAGGAAUCAGAGACCUCAUUCAUGAGUUUCUGGAGCUCUUCUAUGUGACGUACGGGAGUUUCAUCCCCCUCAGUGAGACUGAUGUCUUGGCGCACCUGAAGAACAAGUGUAACACAGACUUCAUUGACAAGAAGCUAAACAUCCAUUUAGAAGUUUUGAAGUACAAAGCGGGUCUAGCCUCCAUCCCUAUGAAUUGCUUUAAAGUGGACUACAACAAGCACACUCUGACCCUGGAGGACCUGUCCACACUGGACGAUCAAAACUGGGUCAACGACCAGGUGAUAAACAUGUAUGGCGAAUUGAUCAUGGAGGCUACAGAGCACAAGGUUCAUUUCUUUAACAGCUUCUUUCACAGGCAGCUGGUGGCCAAAGGCUAUGAAGGGGUUAAGAGAUGGACCAAAAAGGUGGAUCUGUUUUCCAAGAGUCUGCUGCUGAUUCCUAUCCACCUGGAGAUCCACUGGUCCCUGAUCACAGUAGACAUGGCCAACCACCACAUCCACUACUAUGACUCACAGGGCAUUGUCUUCAAAUACACCAUAGAGAACAUCAUGAGAUACAUCCUGGCCGAGGCGAAGGAGAAGAAACAAGCUACCUAUCAGAAUGGCUGGAAGAUGGUUAUAAACAAGGGUAUUCCUCAACAGAAGAAUGACAGUGACUGUGGAGUCUUUGUAUUGGAGUACUGCAAGUGCCUGGCUUUAAAAGAACCGCUGCAGUUCACACAGGACGACAUGCCCAAAGUCCGCAAGAGGAUUUACAAAGAGCUCUGUGACUGUAAACUGAGUGACUGACUGACCACAGCUGAGAAAGUACACCUGCCUCUCCAGUGAACCGUGGGUUAACAACUGUUAUUGUACAAGGGCCAUUUUAACACUUUUUUUUUUUUAACUACUGGAGCCAAGGAGAAACUGAAGGAAAUGCCGUAGAGACACUACAUUUGACUGGUGACAGUCUUUUCUCUCCUUCAGAGGAGGGCCAGCGGUGCAUAUUCUGCAAUAAUUGUAUACAUUUCUUAAAUGCCCCGUUUAAAAAAAAUAAAAAUAAAUCUUUAACGGGAGGGAGGGACCUGAGACUUUGAAUUCCUUUGGGAGUUGACGUGCACAAAGUUUCCAUUGUUGACUGACUGACCUGGGUCUGGAGCUAAAGCUGCUGCUAUAAGGUUUAAGAUGCCAGUGACGGACCUAUAUGUGCUGAUACCGUUUCCUAAUUUCAGUUCUUGAAAUGUAAAUGGCAGAUUAUAUGGGACAUUGGGUGAAAUUUGAAGGUUCUUGUUUUAUAUCAUGUAAUCUCUGCCUGACUAGUGCGGUAAAGAACAAGGAGACUCCUCAAAGGUUCGCUUUUAAUUGAAUGUACUGUUUUGUUACUACUUCCGCUGUCUUGGGCUAGAUUCCAUCUGUAUCAUGGACGAUCCACAUUUGACAAAUUAAAGGUAAUUUCCAAUUGCGCUGACAUGCAGCAUUUACGUGAAUGCAGUCUCUGCAAACGCGGGAACAUUGUCUUGAAAUGUAAAUCGAGCUAUAACGUGGAUCUUUCCCGCUAGGGUUUGAAUUCAGCUCUUAGUUCUUGUGAAACUCCUUCGCAUCAAACAGCAGUUGAGACAGUUGAGCUUAGAUUCAAUGUGGAAGAUCCGAACUAUAGGGAGACUGCCUUUUUUUUACAUUUCAAUGUUUCCGCAUUCGGUAAAUAUUACACGUGUCGGCUCAAUCAGAAAUUACAUUUACAUUGCGCCAUUACAUUUAUCUUUCAGGAGUUAAGUGGGAGAUAUUUAGUUGCAAUCGGCCAUGCUACUCCACUGAAAAUGGCUUCAUAAACACUGCUCUUUCUACUUCUGUCAAAUACUGUACACCUUAAUGUUUUCGAACCGCAUAUCUUGACAUAGUGUACUGAGGAGGAAGUAAUGCCUUUUUUUUUGUAUGAGGGGCUGGCAAGCUAUGGUUCUCAUUGGAGGACCACCAAGCACUUGAGCUGAAUCAGUUACCCAUCUGAGGGAGCUGGUCCACAGACUGGGUGUAGUUGGGGAAACGCUGCUGUCGAACAUGCUGAAUGAAUCCAUCUAUACUGUCAUCCAUUUCAUUCCAGCACACUAGGUACCAUUAGAGAUCAUGUUCACAGCAUUCUCUGUACUAGGGUUAAAUCUGUUUAAUCUUCGUUGAGAGAGACUUUAAGGUUUUUAUUUGAUAUUGUUCUUGAUUUAAGCUGCUGUGGUAGAACCUAAAAUAUUGUAUUGCAAUUUGUUGAUGUAAUACAGGGUUAUACUUACAAAUAGAUACCCAGAGAGGGGUUAAAUUGGGAUUCUCUAGAUGUGAAAACUGUCCUCAAAAUGUCAUGUUAAUGGAAGUUCCCAAUGUAUGCGUCUCAUCCUAAACGGUGGCACAGUUUCCUUUCUAAGUUGACUCCUGAAUACAUUCAUACAAACACCAUGAUGUAGCUUGUAUGACUCGGGCAUUCAUUUUCUCUACAUUGGUUUUAAUUAAUGUUUGAGAGAUUACUCUGAGUUGUUUGCAUCAGGAGGAUGCAACAACCCAGAGGCCCAGCCAGACCGAACAGAGGGGUGUCCUAUGACACAAGCUAGAUCUACUCAGGGUUUUCUAAAGCUAACCAGCUUGUGUUAGCUUCACAUUCCACGUCUGGCUUUUUCUGUAUUAGGACGGUGGAUAUUGCUUGUCCGCCUGCCACUAACUCUAGCAGGCUUCUAACUGCGGGCUAGUCGAAUGACGAACUCUUCAUUGAGACACUGAAACAUCAAUUCAUGGUUUAGUCCGUGCCACAUUUUCAUUUGUGCCAAAAUGUAUUCUUGCAAAUUCAGCAAGCUUAUAGCCUCAAUCCCAAUGGUGUGAAAAAGGCUUUUAUAAGGGCUGGCUUAAUUGUAUUGUUUAAUGCUGUCUUUGGUGUGCUCAUCAAUGCAGAAGCACCUUUUUCCUUCCCACUCCUAUUGCUAAAAUAAUUGUAUCAAUUUUAUUUAUCAUACUAAACUUUUACUGUGUAUAGUUUCAAAUGCAUUCUGUAAAUACAAAAUAAUUUGAUGGGUAUUUUAACAUGUUACUAUUUUUAACAAAAAUGGAUUUAAUAAAAUAUUUAAUCAGUCUUUCUCAAAUGAA